GGCUGUACUUAAGAUUUACCCACCCUAUAUUUCCUGAGAAUCCAUCUUCUUCGCCUCAAAACAUUCACUCAAUUUUUCACUUUCCAAAGUCCCGACAAACCUCACUUUCCCACUUCCGCUUUUCUCUCUCGAUUUCCCGAGAAAAUUCUGUCUCCAAAAUCACACCCUUCAGCCCCAAUUUCCACUUCCCAAAUCUUAGCUCACAAAACCCUAGCCGACCCAUCAAGGAUUCGCAAAUCUCUAGCUCUUAAGGGCUUGAAUGUCUAUAGAGUUGUAAUUUCUAAUGAUGCCUCCUCCAAGGAGAAAGAAAUGGACGGAGGCAGAAGAGAGAACCCUAAUAGACAAGUAUGGGGAGAUGGUGUGUGAUGGGAGUUUGGCAAAAAUGAAAACUAGAGAGAAAAAGUACAAACCCAUUGCCCUGUAUGUGAAUUCUGUGCACCAUGUUCGGGACCCAAUCACGUUUCCGUGGCAAUGGACAUGGAAAGAUGUGUCGACCAAGGUACAGAACAUGAGGCAUCAGUAUUCACUGGUCAAGCAAAAGAUCAAGAAGACCGAGUUCGUGGGUGAUUCGGGGGUGGAGGAGUUUGAUUGGGUUGAGGGGCUAACUCAUUGGUCGAAUUUCUUGAGGUAUAAGGAGGUUUUUGGGGAUGUGGCUCUUGUUUUUGGUAGUAGUGAUUCGGUUGUGGUUGCGGGGUUAGAUAAUAAUGAAAUUGCUGAUGGGUUUGAUGGUAGUGGUCAUGGAAUGGAGAUUCCUGAGUUUGGGCAUCUGGGUCAUGAUGGGGAGGGUGAUUUUGCGGUGGGGUUUGAUGGGGGUGAGAAUGGGGUUAUGGGUUUGGAUUUUGAGUAUGAUGGUGACGAAGGAGAAGAUAACCAUAAUUGUGCUAACCCUUCGAAGGAGGAUGCAGACGAUGGGUUUGUGUAUGAAGAUGUUGAGCCGAGUGGGUCUGAUACGAGGAAGAAGAGGAAAGCAUUGAAGGGGAUGGGGAAGAGGGCAUGGGGGUUUCUUGCGAACCAGUUAGGGCAGUUGAGGGAAUUGGAAACUCGAUUUGAGCAUCGCGAAGUGGAGAGAGAGCGGGAGAGGCAGAGAAGAGAGAAUCACCGAGUGGAAAUAGAGCAUGAACGUGAAAAGAAAUGGGAAGAGAGAGAGAAGGACAGGGAAGACAGGGAGAGGGCACGUGAUAAGUUGAGGAAGCAAAGGAUUCGGGAGUGGGAAGCUAUGGAGAACGAGAGUGAAGAGAGACAAAGGAGAAGGAGAGAGGAAGAGUUGAUUUAUGAGAGAGAAUGGGAGGAGAGGAUGAGCCGCAGGAGGUUAGAAUGGAAGAAGAGAAUUGACGAGAUGUUGGGCCAGCAUCGAGUAGAAAUGGGUCAAAUUCAGACACGAAUACUUCAUGAACAACAGAACCUUACAAGUCAGAUGCUUGGGAUUGUUUCACAGUGGACCGGUCAUCCAACUGGGCUCACGGAUCACACUGCGGCUGGCAAUCACUAUAUGUCGCAAAUGCUGCAGAAUCUGCACCAAAUUAACAGUAUCGUUCAUGGGGACACGCGGGUUGAGGAUGAUAAUCAAGAUGAUCAAUUCAUUGUUGAUGGAUGACAUAUCACUCAGCACCAUUAAUUUAUUCUCAAUUUCCUGAAACUGUAAGGAGCAUACAGGGAUGUUGUGGCGGGAAGAACUAUGAAGGUCAAAUGUUUCUUAAAUGUGUUUUACUAUGUUCUUGCAACUAGGCAUUGGUUAUAUAUUAGUUUGUCUAGUUUUGAGUUUUUUGGUUUAUUUUUUGGUCCAGCGGUCUUAUAGUAGGGAAUAAGGGAUGUAGAUUUCUGUGAUUACGUUUUAUGUGUAACUAUUCUUGAAUACAAUUUCACUUUUUUCUGAAUAAAAUCAGUUUCAUGUUUGAA